CCCGCGCUCUCUGAUUGGCUGCGACGCGCUCGGUGGCGGCCGGGCCAAGAUGGCGGCGGAGCGCGCGGACGCGGCGGCGGCCGGGACCGGGGAGCCCCUCAGGGACCCGCGAGCCCCCGAGCGCUCCCCCUACGCGGGAUGGGCCCACCCCGAGCUCCAGGCCACGCUCGCCGGCAUCGGAGCCCCCGCGCAGGGGACCCGUGAGGAGCUGCUGGAGCGGCUCCAGGCUUACACCCUGCAGACUGGGAUCGUGCUGAGCCGCCCCACCCUGCGCCCCGAGGAGGGGGACAAGGCCCCGCCCCCCCAGCUGCCCCCAGCGCUGCCCCUGCAGCACCCCCUGGUGCCCCCCCCUCCCCCGCCGGGGUUGGGGCUCGGCUUCGGGCUGGGGGGGCCCGUGGGGGGGGUCCCGGUGCCGCCGCCGCCCCCCCCCGCGGGGCUCUCCGAGGAGGAGCGGCUGACGCUGGCCCAGCAGCAGGCGGCCAUGCUGCUGCAGGAGGAGCGGGCGCAGGGCCAGCACCCGUUUGGGGACAAGGCCAAGGAGCAGGAGCUGCUGGAGCAGCAGAAACGGGGACAGGGGGGCUGA